AGCCUGGGACGAGCUGGCUCAGCAGUAAUGGCUGAUCCCAGCAGUCGAUGAGGGAUUCUGUGGAAAUAAAUCCAAUUCCAUCGAGCGUCUUCAGACAACUACUGUUUUGGAAACUUUAAUUAUAUCACCCUAAAUAAUCAUAGAUUGACUAUACAAAAUGAGUAAUGUCUACGAUCACGAUGAUGAUGCUGGAUAUGGGGAGGAUGAAGGCGAGGAUAUUACUCCAGAUUUAUGGCAAGAAGCUUGCUGGAUUGUUAUCAGCUCGUAUUUCGACGAGAAAGGUCUCGUACGGCAACAGUUGGAUUCGUUCGACGAAUUCAUACAGAUGUCUGUCCAAAGAAUCGUUGAGGAUUCACCAGAAAUCGACCUACAAGCCGAAUCACAGCAUAUGACAUCAGACACAGAGAUUCCUGCAAGGUUUGUGCUGAAGUUUGAACAGAUUUACCUGUCUAAGCCCACUCACUGGGAGAAAGAUGGCGCCCCUAGUCCAAUGAUGCCUAAUGAAGCACGUCUACGCAAUCUUACGUAUUCUGCACCCUUUUAUGUCGACAUCACAAAAACAAGAAUCAAAGACAAUGAAGAACCACAGGUCACAACUCACAGUAAAAUGUUUAUUGGCAAAAUACCCAUCAUGCUUCGUUCUACAUAUUGCCUGCUAAAUGGACUCCUUGACAGGGAUUUAACAGAACUGAACGAGUGUCCCCUCGACCCGGGAGGAUACUUUAUCAUCAAUGGAUCAGAAAAAGUCCUCAUUGCCCAGGAGAAGAUGGCAACCAACACAGUCUAUGUAUUUUCCAAGAAAGACUCCAAGUACUCGUAUACGGCAGAGAUUCGCUCAUGUCUGGAGCAUUCUUCCAGGCCAACUAGCACCAUGUGGGUCUCUAUGCUUGCUAAAGGAAGCUCUGGUGGCCGCAGGAGUGCGAUAGGUCAGAGAAUUGUAGGAUCACUUCCUUACAUCAAGCAGGAGAUCCCUAUCAUGAUUGUGUUCAGGGCUCUAGGAUUUGUGGCUGACAGAGACAUUUUGGAGCAUAUUAUUUAUGACUUUGAAGACCAAGAAAUGAUGGAAAUGGUAAAACCAUCUCUAGAUGAAGCAUUUGUCAUCCAAGAGCAGAAUGUUGCCCUUAAUUUCAUUGGUUCCCGUGGGGCUAGGCCAGGUGUUACAAAGGAACGACGUAUCAAAUAUGCCAAGGAAAUUCUGCAGAAAGAAAUGCUUCCUCAUGUCGGUGUUAGCGACUUUUGUGAGACAAAAAAGGCUUAUUUCCUUGGAUACAUGGUACAUCGGCUGUUGUUGGCUGCACUUGGUCGCCGUGAACUGGAUGAUCGUGAUCACUAUGGCAACAAGAGGCUGGACCUAGCUGGUCCCCUUCUUGCUUUCUUGUUCAGGGGGCUUUUCAGAAACUUGAUGAAGGAAGUCAGAAUGUAUGCCCAGAAAUUCAUUGAUAGAGGAAAGGACUUCAACAUAGAGCUUGCACUGAAGCCCAAAGUUAUCACAGAUGGCCUGCGGUAUUCCCUUGCUACAGGCAAUUGGGGAGACCAGAAAAAAGCCCACCAAGCGAGAGCAGGUGUGUCACAGGUGCUGAACAGACUCACCUUUGCUUCCACACUCUCCCAUCUAAGGCGUCUGAACUCUCCCAUUGGUCGAGAGGGGAAGCUGGCCAAGCCAAGACAGCUUCAUAACACUCAUUGGGGAAUGAUCUGCCCAGCUGAGACACCUGAGGGCCAUGCUGUUGGCCUGGUAAAGAAUCUCGCCCUGAUGGCAUACAUUUCCGUGGGCUCUCAGCCCAGUCCUAUUCUUGAGUUCAUGGAAGAGUGGACCAUGGAGAAUCUUGAGGAGAUAACACCCUCAGCCAUCAAUACCUCUACCAAGAUCUUUGUGAAUGGCUGCUGGGUGGGCAUCCAUCGGGAUCCUGAUCAACUUAUGAGCACACUAAGAAAACUCAGGAGGCGAAUGGACAUCAUUGUAUCUGAGGUUUCUAUGGUGCGGGAUUUCCGUGAACGAGAAAUCAGAAUCUACUCGGAUGCAGGCAGAAUCUGUCGACCUCUUCUGAUUGUGGAAAAUCAGAAACUUCUUUUGAAAAAAAAUCAUAUCGACCAGCUGAAAGAAAGAGAGUAUAACGAAUACAGCUGGCAAGAGCUAGUUGCUAAUGGCAUUGUAGAGUACAUUGAUGUGAAUGAGGAAGAGACUGUCAUGGUGGCUAUGACGCCAGAUGAGCUGGUAGAGAAGGGUCAGGCAUACUGUUCUACCUACACACACUGUGAGAUCCACCCUUCCAUGAUCCUCGGAGUGUGUGCUUCCAUCAUCCCAUUUCCAGAUCACAAUCAGUCUCCACGUAAUACCUACCAAUCUGCUAUGGGUAAACAAGCCAUGGGCGUGUACAUCACAAAUUACCAUGUGCGCAUGGACACAUUAGCACAUGUGCUGUACUAUCCUCAAAAGCCGCUAGUCACCACACGCUCCAUGGAAUACUUGAGAUUCAGGGAGCUGCCAGCUGGGAUUAAUGCCAUUGUAGCAAUUGCAUCGUACACUGGGUAUAAUCAGGAGGACUCGGUUAUUAUGAAUGCAUCGGCCAUUGACAGAGGUCUUUACAGGUCUGUAUUCUACCGAUCGUACCGAGAUCAAGAGUCUAAGAAAGGGUUAGACCAAGAAGAGACGUUUGAGAAGCCUACGAGAGAUGCUGUGCAGGGUAUGCGCAAUGCCAGCUACGACAAGUUGGAUGAAGACGGACUAAUAGCACCGGGAAUACGUGUCAGUGGUGAUGAUGUGAUUGUUGGGAAAACUGUCACCCUCCCAGACAACGAUGAUGAGCUCGAGGGAACAGCCAGGAAAUACAGCAAGAAAGAUGCCAGCACCUUCCUGCGGCCCAGCGAAACUGGAAUCGUAGACCAGGUGAUGGUUACUAUCAACCAGGAAGGGUUCAAGUUCACUAAAAUCAAGGUCAGAUCAGUGCGAGUCCCGCAGAUUGGAGAUAAGUUUGCUAGUCGUCACGGGCAGAAGGGAACAUGCGGUAUUACCUACAGACAAGAGGACAUGCCGUUCACGUGUGAAGGACUCUCCCCUGAUGUGAUCAUCAAUCCUCACGCUAUCCCCAGUCGUAUGACCAUUGGUCAUCUUAUCGAGUGCCUACAGGGCAAGGUUUCUGCUAACAAGGGCGAGAUUGGCGAUGCAACUCCGUUCAACGACGCUGUUAAUGUGCAGAAAAUCUCUCAGCUUCUGAACGACUACGGCUACCAUUUGCGAGGGAAUGAGGUUCUUUACAGUGGCUUCACGGGUCGAAAGUUGAACACCCAGGUCUUCCUUGGGCCUACGUAUUACCAGCGUCUUAAGCACAUGGUGGAUGACAAGAUUCACUCCCGAGCGCGUGGGCCGCUCCAGAUCUUGACCAGACAGCCCAUGGAGGGUCGAUCACGUGAUGGCGGUCUGCGUUUCGGUGAGAUGGAGCGUGACUGCAUGAUUGCGCACGGCUCGGCCCAGUUCCUGAACGAGCGUCUGUUCGAGGUUUCCGACCCGUACAGCUGUCACGUGUGUAAUCUUUGCGGACUCAUUGCCAUCGCCAACCUCAGGAACAACACGUUUGAGUGCAGAGGAUGCAAGAAUAAGACACAGGUAUCCCGGAUCCGCAUGCCCUACGCUGCUAAACUGCUUUUCCAAGAACUGAUGUCAAUGAGUAUCGCUCCGCGCAUGAUGGUGUGUGACCCGGUCAAGUAACCUUGUAAAAAAAAAAACCCGCUUGUAGAGCAAUAACAUCGGACUCCAUGUAAAUAGUGUACCACCGCAAAGAAGAGGCGUUCUCCUCACGCUAGAAGAAAUGUGUGAUAGUUUGACAGAACUCAUCUACCAAAGUCGAAAAUUGACCUGUUUCACAUCCAGCCUGUCCACCCAAACAGGGACACGUACAUCACCUCGCCAAAAAUAGAAGAAAUAUUUUUCUCAGUCGAUUAUCUGACAUGUAAAAGUGUAGUUGUAAGCACAUGCUAAACAUACUGUUAAAACAAACUCUCGUUUUGUUUAGAAAGGUAUACAGAUGAUGAAUACGAAUUUAAGUAGUCAUCUAGGAAUGUAACGGUUAACUUUUUCUUUUAAGAUACAGUAGACUGUAUUCAACUAAUUUAUAUAGCUGUAAAAAAAUUAUCUUUUUGUAAUAAAUGUGAACGAUAAGAGA